CUCUCUUCAAAGCCAUUUCCAAAAAUAGAAGAGCAUUUCACUUUGCAGGGAUACAUAAACCCGCUUAAAAAUAAAAAUAAACUAGUAUAUGUAUACACAACUGGGAAGAGUUUUUGGAGAAUUUAUAAUGCAAUCAAGUGGCAAGUAAUGUUAGUCAAUCUUUUUGAUAAAAACAGCCUUGAGCUUGCCAUUUGGUUUGUAAUUUGCCCAAUAUAAAUAGCUUAUUAAAAUAAACCUAAAUUAAGUGAAUCUUGUAUAAUGAAUGUAAGAGGCCGUUAGUAAUUUCCCUGUUAACACAGAAAAAUUGAUUAUAUUUGGAACCUGAGUCCCUUAGAAAGUAAUAGAAAGUAAUAACACUGUAAUUUGACACUCAUAUAUGAACAGUUAAUACAUUAAAAGAACAUCCUCAAUAAAAAGGUUUUUAUAAUUUAACCAAAAACAGAAAGAAUUCUGUUUUGUGAGUUUUUAAUUUCUCCAUGUUAAUUUAAGGUUAGGAGGGAAAGGUCUACCACAUGCUGCCACCAGGUGGCACCAGUGUUUUCCUACUUCAGGAGGGGGAAGAAAACUCUGGAGACUAGUAUGCAUGUGUGGAACCGUCCACCAAAGGAACCCUGUUCCUAAUAAAAAACAAGAUAUAAGAAAUUACUCUAUAUACAAAAUUGUUAGAGCAAUAAAAAUGAUGUCACCAGUGUGUCAUGGACCGCCCAGCUGCCAUCUCGAGAAGACUCACGUAACUGAACCGGGUGACAAUUAGGCUAAUCCUCAUGUUGUUAUUUAAGUGCAGAGAUUUACUAGUAAAAGCAUGCUAUACAUGUACAUAAACGAAGCGAAAAAGGGCUAACGUGACUUUAGUUUAUGAGCAUCUAGCGUGUAAAUAUUCAUCAAUAUAAACAAGGUACAACCCACAACAUGAGAGUCAACAAGACAAAUCGGUACGAAGAAGAGAAAGGAAAAGGGGGAGCGGCCAAACACUGUCUUAAUCCAGAAUGAUCCAGUGAGUCAACCUUAGUCCACAAUAAUCUGCCUAUAUCUCGCUCUCUGGGGGACGGAGUGGACGUAAACAGAAUCAGAGGAGUCCUAACCAGCUGCUCGAUCUUUUAGUUUCGCCAUAACACCAAAAUUGAUUGUUUUCCUUGACAAUAGUGAAUUAUCUCCAAAUUCAUCCUAAGAACCGGGACAGCGGCACAUGGCGCUCCUGAGGUCAGGCUGGCUGUGGAGGCAGUCUUCUGUCCUAAAACGCUGGAAGUUAAACUGGUGUGACCUUUGGAUCGACGGGAGCCUUUGCUUCUACAAGACGGACAGCCGGCGAGAGCUGGAGCACCGCGUCAGCCUGAAGACCACGUGUGUGGACGUGAGAUCGGGUCUGGAAUGUCUAGGUGUGAGCCCACCGGAGAGUAAUCCCAGAGAGAAUCUCGUCGUGGUUCAGCUGGCGGGCGGCUCAGCGGUCAACCUGUGUGCCAACAGCGAGGAUGAGUCCAUAGCCUGGAAACUGACUCUGCUAGACACCAGGAGAAACCCUGUGAGUGACCCGAUGUUGCGUUUGUUCACGUACGACCCCUACGAGGACUCCUACCAAGCGGUCCCCAUCAACAGCUACCACACGGUGUACAUCACACCUGGAGCAGGACCAGGAACCCACCAGGUGGUUGUCCAGAGGGACCCAUUCGAUGGAGUCUUUGAGCAUCUGGCCCUGGGGAUGCUGGCGGGCAUGGCAGCGGGGACGGCCAUGCGAUCCUUCCUGUGGAUGCCCUUCUUCUUCUGCUGAGGCGAUCGCCAUCGCUCACGCGGCGGCGGGAGAGAGGCCCAAAAGGAGGCCGCGAUUGUGUCUGCUGUAACGUGUCUGCUUCUCUGAGGCGGAUCGGUUUGUUUAUUUUUCCUGACGUGCACUUUCGCAAAUGAGACUUUAGAAGACGCAAAGUCUGCCAUGUCAUUUUAUGUUCUCGCUGCUUGUACGUCACACUGGAUCCACUUACAAAGCACUUGCACAAGCCAGGAAGUUGAUUUUGUAUACGACUUUUCUUUAAUCGGUUCAUGGAAUUUACACUUGAUUAGCUUGAUAAAACUGCAGUCUUUAGUGGAAAAUAAAUUGAUGUAUUACAGCAUUUUUAUGAAUGGUGAUGAUCAUUGUUUGGUUUGCACACGUCAAGCAAACCUCUUUUGGCCAUUUGUUAUAGACGCGUUAUAUCACAAAUAAAUCAAAAUAUGAACAAGAAAAACCCAACUACAUAGAUAUUCAUUUACAGAAUUUUAAUUUAUUAAAAUAAAUGGUAUCCAAUACCACAUGA